GUUUAUCACAACUGCAACUCACCACAAUACUCUCAUCUCUCCUAACAACUCCCACACUUCUGUCCAUCACCAAUUCUGUCCUGUCAGCGCUUUCUUCGUUUGGUUUGCAUCCCCUUAUCUCCUCUCCAACCUCUACAACGAAAGAAUAAUCAUGUCCCGAACCGCCCAGCAACAGCCCCAGGGCGAAGCUGCCUCCCCCAUCGGUAUUGCAAACCUUCCCAACCAAAGACACAAAAUCGUCGCAAAGAGAGGGGCAGCCUUUACUAUCAUGGUCGCUGGCGAAUCUGGACUGGGCAAGACAACCUUUAUCAAUACGCUCUUCUCAACCACUAUCAAGAACUACCAAGAUCACAAGAGACGACACGCAAAGCAGGUUGACAAGACUGUCGAGAUUGAAAUCACAAAGGCUGAGUUGGAAGAGAAGUUUUUCAAAGUCCGUUUGACCGUCAUCGACACUCCUGGCUUCGGCGAUUAUGUGAACAACCGCGACUCCUGGCAACCAAUCAUCGAGUUCUUGGAUGAUCAACAUGAAUCCUAUAUGCUUCAAGAACAACAACCUAGGAGGCAAGAGAAGAUUGAUCUUCGUGUUCAUGCCUGUCUAUACUUCAUUCGCCCAACCGGUCAUACCUUGAAGCCUCUGGACAUUGAGGUUAUGAAGCGCCUCUGCUCCCGCGUCAACUUGAUCCCCGUUAUUGCCAAAGCAGACACCUUGUCCCCCGCCGACCUGGCUCGAUUCAAGCAGCGCAUUCGAGCAGUCAUCGAGGCCCAGGGCAUCAAGAUCUACCAACCUCCUAUUGAGGAUGACGACGAAGCGGCCGCUCAACAUGCUCGAGCAUUGACUGCUGCAGUCCCUUUCUCCGUCAUUGGCAGCGAGAAAGACGUCAAGACUACCGACGGACGUAUCGUCAAGGGCCGCCAGUAUGCCUGGGGUGUUGCUGAGGUGGAGAAUGAGGAGCACUGUGAUUUCAAGAAGUUGCGGUCCAUCCUGAUCCGAACCCACAUGCUGGAUCUCAUUCACACGACCGAGGAGAAUCACUAUGAAGCGUAUCGUGCCCAGCAGAUGGAGACGAGGAAGUUUGGUGAGGCUCGACCCCGCAAGCUGGACAACCCCAAAUUCAAGGAGGAAGAAGAGGCACUUCGCAAGAGGUUCACCGAACAGGUCAAGGUGGAGGAGCAGAGAUUCCGCGCUUGGGAGCAAAAGUUGAUUGGAGAGCGAGAUCGCCUAAACAAGGACCUGGAAUCGGCUCACACCGCCAUCAAGCAACUAGAGCAGGAACUCGAGCAGAUGCAAGGCAGUGCAGCCAGAAGCCAUGGUCGCCGUGGUUAGCCAGGAGCUUGUUGCCUGUGCGUGUAGAGGAGUGGCAAAAGGAAAGGACCGAAUUCUGGCAAUUCCAUCUUAUCCAAAGGAUCUAAGAGCGAGUGGAGAUGAGCGAAUGAGCUUUUGAUUUCAUCAAAGUGCGUCCUCGAUCAUGGUAUAGAAGCCAUUUCAGUAUUCAGCACACCAUGAAUUAUUUCUCCUAAUGUCAUGUGUUUAUGGUUGAUUCUUCAUUGAAUUUUAUGGUUGAGGAACCA